UUUGCAAUAUAUGUGAGGCUUGGAACUGGAGAGGACGUCUUUAGAGCUCCUGAAGCAAGCAAAAUGCACUUCAAGCCCGUAUUUUGUCUUACUUUAACCGUAUGAGGCAUUUGUUCUCAAAACACGAAACACAUUUCAGUGCACUUUUGGUUGCCCCUUGAAACUCAUUGGCUCAAGCUUUUCAGUUUAGUAGUUGCGUAACAUAGUCAAACAGUACGCUACGUUUGGUUACGACUGUAGUUGCAAUGCUCUCCAGAAGUCGCCAUCUGUUGUUGGUUUGUGUGCUCGUCACGCUGCUGCCACAAGUCUACUCGGAGGACGGCGGCGACUGGGUAACCCUGAUUCACACCAGCGACACUCAGUCCCACUUUGACGAGUCGGGCGCCUCUCCGAAGGCGUGCCGCGCGGGCGCCUACUGUUACGGCGGCAUGCCGCGACUGGUGCAGGUGGUGCGCGAGGAGCGCGCGCGCGCCGACGCCGUGCUCGUGGUGGACGCCGGCGGCCAGUUCAACACGGCGCUGCUGGACAACCCGUCCGCUCCGGAGCUGCUCACCGACCUGGUGAGUCUGGUCGGCUACGACGUGAUGGCACUCGGGAGGCCAGAGCUGCUCGGCGGCUUAGAGGCGCUGCGGCGCUACAUAGCGCUCGUAGGCGUCCCGUUCGUGUGCACCGGUGGCCUCGUGCCGCAAGUCAACACCAGUGCCGGCGCGCCGCCGUGCAACGCCAGCAUGAUGCUCACCGUCGGCAGGGUCAAAGUCGGUAUCGUCAGCUACCUAGCGCCGAACACUGUGGAGCUCAUAGUUGACGAACCGCCGGCGGGUAUUCAAUCCAAACCACUGAGCCAGGUACAGGAGGAGGCCAAACGCCUGCGCAGCCAAGGCGCCCGUCUCAUCAUCGGUCUCAUCUACUGCAGCUGGAUGGUGUCUAGCGACAAGAUGUCCAUCAUCGCCAGCGAGCUCACGGACAUUGACCUGGUGGUGACCGGUAACGCAGGCCACCUCUUCUACAACGGUCCCUCUCCACACGGAGAGGUGGUUCACGGACCGCACCCGGCCACACUGGAACGGCCUGGUGGCGGCAAGCCGCUGCUGGCAGUCGCCUCGCACAACAUGCUCCACUACGCCGGCUACCUGCGGAUCAAGGUGGCUCCCGGCGGCGGCAUCAGCGAGUGGGACGGCGACAACCCGCGCCUGCUGACAGGUGACAAGGACGCCGCGGCCGAGGCGGUCAUGGCGCGCCUGCGACCCAACCAGAGCGAGCUGCUCGGCGGUCUGGUGGCGCGCUCCCUCUACAUGCUGGAGGGCGGGGGGCACUGUCGCGACUCUGAGUGUGCGCUCGGCACCCUGAUCGCCGACGCCAUGCUGGAGGCCUCCAUCCAGCCCGAGUACAAGGGCAACGACAUUCUGGCGUGGACGCGCGCCGGCACGGUCAUCUUCCAGGGCUGGGUGGUGCAGUCGAGCAUCUCGGCGGGACUGGUGUACGAGGAGGAUCUGCGUGUGGCGUUGCCGCUCGACGACCGUCUGGUGAUCGUCUCCGUGCUGGGACGUCGACUGGUCUCCCUGCUGGAGGCGGCCGUCCGGUCGGGCGUCUACUCGGGCCUCCAGGUGUCCGGGGUGCGGCUCGACAUCGCGCCCGACCCCGACGACGGAAAGGCGAUGACGGUGCACCUGAUGAAGGUGCUCUGCACGGUGUGCCAGAUGCCCGCCUUCAAGGCCGUCAACCACCGCUACACGUACCGACUGGUCAGCUCCGAGACGUGCGUGAAGCUGGUGUUCUCCCAGUUCAAGAGCGGCCUCCAGUACGAGCCGCUCAACAUCACGCUGCGGGACGCGGCGCGGAAGCUGAUGCGGAAGCUGUCGCCGAUGGCGGUGCCACGGGAGGAGAGGAUCAUUCUCACGACGCUGCACCACCACGACCAGACGGGAGCGGCGCCGGACGCUCUGCGCGCUGCCUCGGUUCUGCUGGUGGGAGCGGUCGUAGUUGUGUUCAUGUGAGUGGGAUCAGGAUGUGUGGAAUGUCUAGCUUCGGGAUAGACUUGUGAUGCCGGUUGUAAUACUUCAGUCGUUGUUGGUUGAUUUA